CUUAUUGAUGACCUACAGCAGAGAAGAGAGGACCUACAUGUGUGCAUCUGACCCAGUCUCCAGACUAAAGGCCAGAGAACAUUCUGCCAUCAGAGAGAGAAGAAGAGGAAAGUAACGUUUACCAAAAGACGAACGGCAAGAGCAUCACUUCAGGCCGGAUCAGAUUAGGCAGUGAAUCCACUUUCUACAGCUUUAUUCUGUCACUCCGAGCUGAGAACCAUCUUCUGCGAGGCCGUCAUGAAGGUCUUCAGCCUUCUGUACCUGCUGCUGGUGCUGGUGGCGCUCCUAGCAUCGGUGUCUUCCGUCAGACCAGAUUUCAUGAAAAUUAGGAGGAAAUACCACAGAUACCACUACUGUCCCCACAGACGCUGCAUGCCGCUGCACUCCAGAGUCCCCUUCCCUUAAGGUUGAUGCGCAAGAAUGAAGUGGUGAAAAGUCUGGCAGGAGCCGUGUUGGGCCGAAAGGUCCCUGUUGGACACUCGAGACCAGCACAGCGACCUGCUUUGAUGAGAACACACCCAGAGACUGUAACCAAAACCGUUGUCUUCAGAAUUUACAAAAAAAAACAUAUGUUGACCUGAAGGACACAGAAGUCUUGAGGACUUGUUUUUAAAUGUUACUAUAAAGUGUAAAUAAAUAUAUAUAUCACUGUGUCGUGGAGAAAUGAGCUGGCACCAUGUGUAAGCAUCUUCCCUUUAAAUAUGCAUACAAUUUCACGUCUCACAAAUAGAGCUUUACAAUUAAUGCAGGAGGUUGCAUUUUCGCUUAUGAAAACCCCGGCCUCCUAGCCAUGGACCAAAUAAUUUAAAGGAAAGUAUAAUUUUGUGAAACAUGACCAUGUAUUAUUAUUUCUUAAAAAAAAUAGUGUUUAUUAAGCGUGUAUGCACUUCAAAUAACGUUUAAAUAAAAAAUAUG